AUGUCCGACAAAGUUGCAGUGGUCACCGGUGCCAAUAAAGGCAUAGGCUAUGGCAUUGUAAAAGAGCUAUGCAGACGAGGUGUCGGCACAGUUUAUUUGACAGCAAGAGACGUUGACAGAGGUCGCCAAGCGGUGGAGAAACUCAAGAGAGAAGGACUCAAACCAGAGUUCCACCAACUGGAUGUUACAGUUCCGAUCAGUGUAGAAAAAUUCGCCAACCAUCUAAAACAGAAGCACGGAGGCUUCGACAUCCUUAUUAACAACGCCGCCAUAAUCCAAAAGACCAUCACCAAAACAAUAUACGAAGAGGCUAAAAAUGUCAUAGAAGUGAACUAUAGGAGUUUGUUCAUCAUAGAGAAAUAUAUGUUCCCGAUUUUGAAACAAAAUGCAAGGGUUAUAAACGUUUCAAGUGAUUUAGGGCACAUUUCGAAUCUUAAAAACAGUUACUGGGUAAACAGACUUACAAAAGUCGAUGUAGAAGUGCAAGAUAUAGACGAUUUCGUCGAUUGGUUUUUGAGUUCUGUUAAAAAUGGUACAUUGAAAGAGGAAGAUUUUGCUGUGACAGCAUAUCUAUCUUAUAGAAUGUCUAAGGUAGCAGUGUGUGCAUUAACACGGGUCCAAUGUAGAAAAAUCGAUAGGAAUAUAGCGAUUAACUCUUUACAUCCAGGGUUUGUGAAGACGGAUAUGACACAGAACAACGGUUUCAUGACAGUGGAUCAAUCGUGUAAAACGCCUGUUUAUUUGGCACUGGAUUGUGAUCAGUCGUUGAAAGGGAAGUUCAUUUGGUACGAUAAGUCCGAAAAUGAUUGGACCGAUCGGAACUUGGCGCUGCUGUGUACGGAUAAGGAUUCGGUUGAGAAAUACGUUUCGUUGUUAACAUAA